AUGCGCAAACCGCGAUGCGGUCUAGCGGACAUACCCGAUCGCGCGUACAGCCCGUUCGCGAGAAAGUGGCCGAAGACGCGCCUAACGUGGAAUUUUCAAGUGGCUAGCGAGGAACUCUUACGAACGACUGAAGCGGCGUUCGCGCUAUGGGCGACGAUUUCAUCGUUAAGGUCCAGGCAGGGCCCUCGCUCACGCGUUCCUCCUCACCGGAGCGACCGAUUUCUCCUCGAAGGUGACGAGGAGCCGUGGCACGUGCGCCUGAACAAGAAUCCCUCCGACAAGUAUCAUCUGCUGCUAACGCUAACUCACGAGAUCGGCCACGCCUUAGGUCUGCAGCAUAGCAUGCGCAACGACUCGGUCAUGUUUUCGUAUAUACCCGACAACGAGCUUCAAUAUCCGGUUAAGUUAAGCGUAGAGGACACCCUCGCUAUACAAAAUUUGUACGGAUCUCACGACGACGGAGAUCGCCUCGCGAUUCCCGCGACCACCGCGGCGCCCGUCACCACCGUAGCGCCCGCGACGACCGACGUCGCGCCGAUCGAUCCGUCGCGCGACGAUCUCUGCGCCUUGCGGCGCAUAGACGCGGCCUUAAUAAUGAAUCGACGUUUGUACAUAGCCGAUCGACGCAACGUAUGGUCGAUCGAUCAAACCGAGAAACGCUACGGUAGGCCCAUGACGAUAACGGAAUACGCGACGUUUCUCCCGAAAAACUUCACGCGUCUGUUCGCCGCCGUAUCGAAGACCCUCGGGCGAUCUCGCGCUAUUCGCGGGCGAUAA